AUUUGAGUAUUUGCUACUCCCCCGACUCCACUGGCAAGCUUAGAUUUACAAUACUAAAAUUUCUCUCCACUUACAUCAUCUCUAGCUUAGGCGCUUAGCUCAUUCAAAAUGGGAUUCUUGAUCGUCUCCACUUUCUCCGUCUCUCUCAUUCUACUGUUUGCUGGCUUUUUUCUCACAAGAUGUGAUGGUGGUAAUGAUUACUAUGUCAAUGCCACGGUUGUCCGCAAUGAUCCGGGAGCCGUUUGUUUGACUGGAAAGCCCGCGGCGUAUUACUUUGACCGUGGACAGGGAAGCGGAAUGCGUAACUGGAUGGUCUAUCUUCCGGGAGGAGCUUGGUGCAACAAUCUUGAGUAUUGUGUCACCUAUGCUCAGGGUAGAAAUAUUACAUUAGAUGCACCACCGUACUCAUUUGCUGAUAUACUCAGCCACAAGAAAAAAGAAAACCCAGAUUUCUUCAACUGGAAUAAGGUUGUGGUCCGAUAUUGUGAUGGCUCAUCGUUCACAUCGGAUUCGGACAGAACUUAUGAGUCCAAUGGCACCAAGCUCUAUUUUAGGGGAGCGCGGAUUUACAAGGCGGUGAUGCAAGAGGUGCUUCACACGCUGGGGAUGGAAAUGGCGGAAAAUGCUCUCCUAGUCGGUGGCUCGGCCGGAGGAGUUGCAGUUACACUUCACUGCGACGGAUUCCGUGAUCUCCUACCUAAUGCGACGAGAGUAAAAUGCUUUUCGGAUGCGGGAUAUUUUUUCCCUUCCAAAAAGUUCGCCGGGGAAACUUUUACGCCAACCUUUGAAAAACUGAUGGCUUUUGGAUCAAUAAAGGCGUUGCCGGAGGCAUGCACGUCAAGACUAAGUCCACAUUUGUGUUUCUUCGCUCAAACCGUGCAGGAACAUAUUAAAACGCCGAUCUUCUUCUUAAUGUCUUCUUUUGAUACCGUUCAGGUCACGUGCAGUGGACUUUUCCGGGUAAUACUACAAUAAAAGAAUGUCUCCAAUCAGAUGAUAUUAUUAAGACUUUACAAGAUCUUAGAUUAGAAUUCCUGAGCGUUUUGCCUAAAGCAAAUAGCACCUUACCAAGAGGGUUAUUGAUCACCUCCCCAACAAUUCAUGAACAACAGUCAAUGGAAUAUGGACAUGGUCGUUGAUAUAUGGGAGCAAUGAGACAAUUUCCAAGCUAUUUGGAGACUAGUAUUUUGAUCGGAUCGGAGAAGUGUUUAUGUGAUCGAUAAAUACGCAUGUCCAUAUAACGUACUGUUCCCGAAGCUUGGCCCAAAACAACAGUCGAGCUAUUGAUAAGGCGCCGGGUGCUAUUUGCGGAUGGCUUGUAUUUAUCCUUUUGCUUAAUUUGCUUGUAAAUUAGAUUGUUAGUGUAGUACUCCCUCCGGUUUUAUUUAAUCUUCACACUUUGACUUCACACAAAAUAAGGAAAGAAAUUUGACUUUAUUGUAGAGUAAACUGUUGAGGCACUGUUUGAUACUGUUUGGCACUGUUGAGACUCUGUUUGGCACUGUUGAGACACUGUUUGGCACUGUUUGACACUGUUUUGAUGUUGAUUUCUUUGCCAAAAAAGGAAAUAAGAAAGUGUGAAGUGUAUUUUAGACUGUCCCAAAAAGGAAAGUGUGAAGUUUAUUAAAAACCGGAGGGAGUAAUAUUUUGUCAUUAAGUGUGGACUAUACAGAUUUUUUCUGAACUAGCUGCUAGAUGGUCAUAUGCAUGAAAAAAUAUGUGGUUAUAUGAAUAAAUUAACUCGAAUUUAG